GCUGGGCAACAGGCAAAGGCAGGUUUUAUCCUUGUGUGCGAUUCUGCCAGUAGAGGAUGCCAUUUGUCUAUAAAAUACUUUAUUGCCUUCUAGAGAAAUGAAGCGCUUUUCCUCCGUAUAAAAGGAUCGAACAGGAAGAGAAUACCUCAGUGUUUUCCCGCUGAAAUCGCCGCACGGACCUGAAGACCAGAGCGCGAGACAUAACUCACAUACAGAUAAGUCAUUAAACAACUAAUUGUUAUGGGUCAGCUUAAAUAUAAUCAGCCUGAUGUUAUAAAUGCUCUACCAGAACAGCCUGAUCGAUUCGUGUGUAAAGACUUUAGGAAAGUCCACACUGAUGACAUUGAAGCUUUAGCCUGGGGUUUUUUUAAUAGGCCUGAAGAUGAAGCGUCGAAUCGCCUUAAACACGCUGUUAAAACUAACAGCAGAUACAUUAUAUAUGAUUUAGAGAUACUUUGGGCUGAUAAAGAGUAUAAAUGGAUAAAAAAUGAAUUGUUUAAUUCUGAGGAUGAUAUAAAUGGUGUUUUGAAGGACUGUUAUGUGAUUCAGUGUGGUGAAGAUAUCCUAAAUGUGAUUCUACACUACGCAAGUGUUGGUGAAAGUCAUCCUAAAUACAUCAUGAUCAAUAACUGGAUUUAUAAACUGUAUCCGAACAAGCUUUAUGGUUUUCUCGUUGGAAAACGACUCAGAACAAAUGAAGAUGUGGAUGAAAUCAUAACCAUUAUCGAAGGACAGUAUCAGAAGAAUAGUUAUAAAGACAUUCGAGAAGGGAUUAAUGAGUGUAAAGGAAUUAAUCAAGACCUGUAUGAUCACUAUACUGAUCUUGCUCAGUACUUCAGAGGCGCUUUACAGGGUGUUUACACGCAUGAAGACUUUCCCCUAAAUAAGGUAGCUUGGUUCACAACAUACUUUUUCGUCACAGUAAUUUGUGAGUCAAUAAGAAAUUUUAGGUCGUUAGUCAUCAUGCUGAUGGCUUCAGACCUGAGUCUUCACCAAACCCCUGAAAAGAGAAAGGAGAUUCUUUUAGUAAAGCUUCCGAUGGCGAAAGGGGGAACCUGGAUAGACACAAAAAAACGGGGAUUUCAUGGAGCCAGCAUUCCAGUACGUAAUAAAAAAUCUAAACUCAAAAAGCUAAUAGAGGAAGAGGACGAAAUCUGUAAGACAUGGCUUUUAGUCCAUGGAAAAACAGAUAUUGAUACAGACAUGAUUAAACGUCUCCUCCUGUUAUUAUACGGAGAACCCAGACUCAGUAAAAAUACUUCUAUUCUGGAAACCUUCAUUACAAACCAUGCACAAUUUAAAAAGAAAAUAAAUUGUUCAUCAAGUCCGAUUGUGUCUACCAGACCCAGUCCGAUUUUAACGAUUGAGGACAAACGUGUUUUAAAACCCACAUCUAUCUCUCCAUCUGUGAUGUUUAACUCUACAUUAGAAUAUUUUCAGAAAGAGGUGGUGUACCUAAAUUUUCAGGAUUUGGACUGGUGUAGGGCUAAAGGCCUCUUGUCCAUUUGGAGUCUGUUUCCCCAUCGCUUUAUUACAGACCCUCUAGCUUUACGCUCAUUCCUUCAUAAGAGGAAGUAUUUACUUCACUUUACAAAACUGUUUAAAGCUGACACAUUAAUCCCAUCACAUUUAAAUCAGGACUUCUCCAAAUUUACCCCACUGAAAUUCCUAUGUGUCUAUGGACACACUGUAACACAGAAGAAGUUAAUUUUCUCGCCUCCCCCACCUGAACUUCUGCUAAGCAGUUUAGUGAAGCGCCCAUGCAGCACCAAACACUCUAGAUCUACCGCAAGACAUAAAAUAACACGAGUUACAUCUCUGAAUCAAUCAGGCUGCUUCUCUCCUCAUAUCGUCUCAGAAUGCUGGCAGAAGAGUAACAUGACUUUUGUACAUACAUGCUGGGAGAAAAAGUUUCCAUUACACAAUUCCUUCAGCUUUACAGAGUUUAUCAGGAUCCAUCAGCUCUCUGACUGUCAGCUGCCAAAUUAUUCCAGCACGUAUCGAAAGAGACUUAAUUACAGUCCGUAUGGAAAUAACAUUAGCAGGGAUUGAAACUGAAAUUUCUGCAGUGUGUACUCCUCUUCAGGCUUUGACGGCUGUUCAUUGGCAGUCACACUCCUCAAUCAAGCUGUACAAUUUAUAUUUUAUAAUCUGUUUAUUCUGAAUAUAUUUACAGAAUAAACAAGUAUUUAGAAAAGUCUAAACAAAUCUCUCUCUCUCUCCUUCUAUAUAUCAAAAUUUCUAAUUCAAAUUUACAAUUUUAUUUGUUACAUACACAGUCAUAUAAAGUAUUUAAACAUUUGAAAAUGUUGUUAAAUUGUUUAUUCCAAUUAACUGAAUCAAUGGAAAAAAUUGCACGGCUGCGAGAUGCCCAGAUGUGAUCAGCGCCCCCUGCCCUUAAUGAUUCAAAUUCGGAUAUAGUGGAAGAUUGAAGGCACAAGCCCAUAAUGAAGUAAUCUGCCUUCCAACUCACUCACUAAACAUAAAUUAUCUCUGUCAAAGAAGAGAUCAGCAUGGAUGAAGACUUCCAUAUUCACACCUUACCACAUACACACAUAGUAAACUCUGUAUUAGCAUGAAAACUCACUUUAUACAUAAAAAAUACAUACAGUGUACAAAUACGGAACAUAAAAAUAUCUUGUGUUUGCUGGAACCCUUUUGUUUAGCCAGAAAACGCCAAUGUGUUUAUCAUCUGUCUGCCUCUCUCUAUGACUGACAUGUUAAUGACUUGUUCUUUUGAUGUAUGAGAUGUAUGUGACAAUGGGCACCUGACCAAAAGUCCAUAUUUGUUUUCUUUGCUGAUAAUAAACAGAGAACUUUAUGCACAUUGUGUAUGCGUGUGUGUUUGUCAGUCCAAUCCCUUUUUAUUGAGGAGAUGGAGUGUGUGAAUGGGAUGGGGUGUUGGUGGAUGGAAUAAACCAGUAAUAGGACAAACAACAAUUUAAUUUAUUCUGCAUGUUCUUAAGUGAAGUUUGGUGUUCUAUAGGGUUCGGUUUUAGGCCCACUGCUUUUUUCUUUUUACAUGCUUCCUCUGUAAAAUAAUUAGUGAAAAUAGCAAUAGUUUUCACUUUCAUACUGAUGACACAGUUAUACGUAUCAGCUCAGCCAGAUGAGAAAAGACAGCUUAAUGAAGUUGAACAAUGUAUGAAGGACAUAAGAGACUGGAUGUUAAUUAACUUCCUUCUGCUUUAUAUCAUCAGAAUGAUGAUAAUUAUACUUAUUAACUUAUAUACUUAUAAUUAUACCAUCCGAGGGAUAAUUUUUUAACAUUAAUUAACAUCAACUGUUAUAGCUGAACUGCCUGCCGGUCUAACACACCAUAUUUAUUCACUGUAUUUAUGUAGUUAUUGGUCAUCCAUUUUUUUAAUAUCCUGGACACACUCAGUUAGUCUAGACAACUUGGGUAUUUCGUCUGGUUUUGUUGAGAUAUAUAAUUGUGUAUUAUCAGCAUAACAAUAGAAACUAAUCCCAUGCCUUCUAAUGAUGUUUCCCAAGGGAAGCAUGUAUAUUGAGAACAGCAGAGAUCCUAAAACUGACCCUUGUGGGACCCCAUAUUUCACUGGCAUUACACCAGACAGUUCUCCAUUUAGAUCUACAAAAUGGUAUCGAUCAGACAGGUAUGAUCUAAACCAUUUAAAUGCCUGUCCCUGAAUACCUAUAUGAUUUUGUAGGUGAUCUAUAAGAAUAUUAUGAUCUAUGGUGGUGAAUGCAGCAUUAAGAUCAAGUAAGACUAGUAUUGAGAUGCAGCCUUGGUCUGAAGCUAAAAACAAGUCGUUUGCAAUCUUAACUAGUGCAGUUUUUGUACUAUGAUGGGGCCUGAAACCUGACUGAAAUUCUUUGAGGAUGUUGUUUUCCUUUUUUAAUAUAUUUUUGAUUUUAUUAUUUUUACUUUUUAUAUAAACGGCUCAUGAAGUCCGUUUCACCACAUUUUCUCAGGAGUGUUAAACCAACCCUAACAUUCACAGAUGAUUCUCCUGUGAUGCUGGGCAACAGGCAAAGGCAGGUUUUAUCUUUGUGUGCGAUUCUGCCAGUAGAGGAUGCCAUUUGUCUAUAAAAUACUUCAUUGCCUUCUAGAGAAAUGAAGGUGAGUUGUAAUCUUAAUACAGAUGCUUUAAAUUUUGUUACUCUUUUCAGGAUUUACCGGUUCCUACCUCAUUUUAUUGAUGGUGAGAUGAAGCCUCAGUUAGGCCUCGUUUGACAUUGUCACAUGAUAUUCAGGAAAACGGCACUUUCGAUCAACACAAGUUUCUGCGCUUUAGUGUCGUAAUAUGAAUCAUUACCUCAUUUUACUGUAAACUGGUCUUGUACUUUAUGAGCGGUGCUUGUUGUAGGGGGCGUGGCCAACCAGUAAUACAUCACGUGUUCAUAACAUGUCUGUACAUUUACAUUUAGUCAUUCGGCU